AUGUCGAGGAGUGAAGCAAUCGGAACAUCGAUUCUUACGGUAUUCGCCUUCGAUACGGACGCUCCACAUAAUGCUAAUGUCACCUACCACCUAGAGGCGGAUCCGUCGGCUGGGGAUGAAUACCAGAACGAUUCCAGCUAUUUCAAAUUUCUUAACGAGCAUUCAGGAGAAAUCACACUUGUGAAGCCGAUACCAAGGAAUCAGAAGGAUAAAUUCAUCUUCAAUGUGAUUGCCGACGAUAAUGGUAUUCCAGAAGCACAACGUUCAACUGUUCAGGUGACACCUCCAAAGUUUCAUGAGAAGCAACCAUCGCCCCUUCGUGGCAAACGAGUCCCUCGAUUGCAGAAGGAGAUGAACAAGGUGCUUCUACGGUGUCGAGCAAUUGCUGGUGACGGCUCAAAAAGCUCCAUUGUCUAUAAGCUGACCAAUGGCGGUGUGAUGCGACCCGGCAAAGCCGAUGCGAAAUUCCGUCAAUUCAAUAAAAUCGAGGAUGGGCGUGAAUGGGUUGAGGUUGUGAUCAUGGAACCACUCGAUUAUGAACAGGCUCAAAACUACACUCUCACGCUCACUGCUACGGAUGUGAAUUCGGCGAUUGUCAUCGGGCGGGUCGUUCACAACGUGAAUGAUGUUGUGCCACAGUUCACAGUGGAUCUCUUCACGGGAACUGUUGAUGAGGAGCUUACGCCAGCUGAAUAUUUGGAGAAAGUUGGUAAGCCAAUAACCACCGUGAAAGCAGUCGACACAGAUUCCAACGGUCCGCAGAAUGAGGUUCACUACCGAAUUCUCGAUGUGCCGGAUCCGCUGGGAGCCCAACUGUUCCGUAUUGAUGAACUGACCGGAGAGAUAUGGCCGAAUGCCAAGUUUGAUCGGGAGCAAAAGGAUAUGUACAUACUCACCGUAGAAGCUCGUGACAAUUUACCAUCAGCCCUACCAGGAGCCAAAGGACCGAACAAAGAUAAUGUGAAAGUCCAAAUCGUGAUCGGUGACGUGAAUGACAACGCGCCAUCAUUCGAUGAGCCAAAAUACAUCGGAAAAGUGCUGGAGAAUGCUGAUCCUGGUCACGAUAUCAUCACAGUCAAGGCUCAUGACAUGGAUAAA